AUGGAUUGCUAUGCGGGAAGGAAUUUCGAGGAACUUGUUGUACCUAAUUAUCAAGAAUCAUCAUCAGAGACAUACACAUCUAAUGGUAUCUGGGGUGGAUGGAACAUGAAUUCACCUGAAGCUGCUGCAGAGAAAUGUUUCGAUUACGAUGGUUUCAAUGGAGAAGGAUUGUUGUAUAGUCAGAUGGGAAUGAGGACUAGUGAAGAAGAAGAAGAGUCUAAGAGAUCAAAAGCUUUCUACGGUGCUUCUUCACUUCAUGAUUUCGAAGGAAUCGAACAGAUGGAUGAUAUAUUCUUAAGUUCCAUUUUGGAGGAUGUUCCAGGGAAUAGUGAAGAUGUUCAUCGUACUUCAAGCAGCAAUAACAGUGUCGGUUCUUCCUCUAUGUACGGUGGAGGCAGGGAAGUUCCCAUGUUCCAAUGUCAUGUUAUGCCUUUAAAGGGAGAGGCUCCAUAUACAAUCUCGGAUCUGUCUGGAGAAGACAACAUGUUUGAUGAACUGUCUUCUGAAGAAGUCGUGUUGCAGGAUCUACAAAGGGCUUCAGGAAAGUUAACCGAUGAGACACGUAAAUGUUUCCGGGAUACGUUUUACCGGCUCGCUAGGAACUCAUACGACAAGUUGGAUUCGGAAGAGUUCCAUAUGCAAGCGUCCAGAUAUGAUUAUGGUGAUGCAACCAGGUUGAGUAGAGAGGAAGAGAUAGAAUCGGAAACAAACUCAAUCGAUAGAGCCAUUGCAAACCUCACAUUCAACAAGAUGGAAUCCAACAUAAGCAACUUUCCUCUAUCAGAAAGAGUACAGUAG